UCGAUGUUUUGAAGGGGAAAUGGGUUCAGAUUUCUUGAUUGGUACGAAAGAGGGAAGUAAAUAAUUUAAAUGUCUCUGGUUUCUGGCAAUUUACAUUUGGCGACCAUCGCCCAGCGUUUAUACCGCAUCCUUGAAAAUGUUCGACUGGAUAAACCGCCUGGAUUCGUAAGACUUUAAGUUUGAAUCUUGUCCCCUCCUGUCUUUGUUAACGUGCAGUAGUCGCACAGGGGACGUCCGUAAUAAAGUAGAGAGUAAAUGACAGUCCCGUUGACAUGAAUCGCUUAACAUUUUAAUGACAAGGCUGUUUACUAGUUUAGUCUAUUGUUCUGGUACAUUUCUGUUUGCCAAGCGAUGGAAAGCAGAGGGUCACAGUCUGGUUUGUGCGAACAAAGGAUAUGUUAACUUGACCAAAACAGAUCAAUGUGUAUGUUAUCGAUAGCGCGUUUUCCAAAAGCGGAAAUUCUGGACUUGAAAUCUAGAAGUGGCCAUUAAUGUGGCUAGAGUUAUAUUAGUCAUAUACGGAAGAAGAUGGCAUCAACUAAAGGCAAAGCUGGAAUAAAUAAUGAAAGCAGUUCUGGUCGGGAUAGUGGCAGGACAGACGCAGGCAGUCCCACGAUAUCCGCAGGGGCCGCAUCCCUCACCACCAACAGGACCUACACACUUGAUGACCUGGACACCAUUGCCACUGUUGGUACAGGAACCUUUGGAAGGGUUUUUCUGGUGAAGGAUAAAAAGACAAGAGGUUUCUUUGCUCUGAAGGCGAUGAAGAUCCCAGAUGUUAUUCGUCUAAAGCAGGAGCAACACGUACAUAAUGAGAAAGAGGUUUUGACGGAGGUGAACCAUCCUUUCCUUGUCAGACUGUACUGGACGCAUCAUGAUGAUCGCUUGCUGUACAUGUUGAUGGAAUAUGUGAAUGGUGGUGAACUCUUCAGCUAUUUACGCAACCGAGGACGUUUCAGUAACAGCACCGGAAUGUUUUACUCGGCUGAAAUUGUGUGCGCCAUUGAAUACCUUCACUCCAAAGAAAUAGUCUACAGAGAUCUGAAACCAGAAAAUAUACUGUUGGACAGCGAGGGGCACAUUCGACUGACAGAUUUCGGGUUUGCUAAAAAGCUCACAGAAAGGACCUGGACUCUUUGUGGUACUCCUGAAUAUUUGGCUCCUGAAGUGAUCCAGAGUAAAGGUCAUGGGCGAGCUGUGGACUGGUGGGCUCUCGGUGUGCUCAUCUUUGAAAUGCUAGCAGGGUAUCCACCAUUUUUUGAUGAUAAUCCUUUUGGCAUCUACCAGAAGAUUCUUGCCGGAAAGCUGGAGUUUCCACGGCAUCUGGAUUUCUAUGUAAAGGACCUAAUCAAGAAGUUUCUGGUGAUUGACCGGGCAAGAAGGCUUGGAAACAUGAAGAAUGGGGCUGAUGAUGUGAAAAAGCACAGAUGGUUUAAGUCAGUAGACUGGGAGUCUGUGCCCUGUAGAAAACUCAAGCCACCCAUAGUUCCAAAGGUAUCUCAUGAGGGUGACACGUCUAACUUUGACACCUAUCCAGACGAUGAGUGGAAGAAGGACACGCCUGUGCCAGCUAAGGAUCUGGAAAUUUUCAAGAACUUCUGAAAUGAUAUUCUUUUUAAUGACACAAACGACAGGACUUGGUGAAUUGGAGCUAAAGGUUUAACCUAGCCAUUCAGGGGACAUUAAAAGGUCAUAGUUGCAUUAUUAUAGGUAAGUCUUCCCUGAAACAGAAGCAGAAAUGGACUUCUUGUGAUCAUCAUCAUUAUUGGCAUCAUAAUUAUCAUCAAAUGUAUAAGGGGGAAACAGUUUAUCACUUCAGCAUCUACUAAGUGAUGAAUAACAUCAUUCUUCGCUGACUGGGUCUUUUUAUAUAAUGCAAAAAUAUCAUUUGAAUUAGCAAUAAUAACAAGGUUCUGUUCAGGGUCUCUUUUUCGGGAUCUAUUCUAGACAAUGUCUUUGCUUACCUGAUCAUGUAUGGUCAUGCUAUUGUUAUGACUAUAUAUCUUGGAAAACUUGCUGAAUCAAAACUUUAAGCCUGACAAAAAUCUUUUCUGGUUAUCUAAACUUACUGUGUUGAUCCUUUCCUCCUACAUGGUUUAUCUAUAUAUACGUUUCAUAACAUAAGGCCUGUUUCACAGCGGACACUUGAGCAGGCACAUAAUCAAAGCAGCAGCAGCAGCAUAACUUUACUCUCACAGCUUUUCAACUGCGAAAAACAAAACUGCCAUACCAAAAAAAAGUAAAUAAACAGUCAAAUUUUGUGGUUACUAUUAUAAAUAUUUCCUUUAAUAACGGCCAUGCAUUUUAAAAUGGUAAUCUUUUUUUUUUAUUCAAUAAAAUGAUUAUAAAAAUGUAUAGUCUGAAAUGUAAUUGACAUGAGGUUGUGGGCCACAUCCAAAUAGUCAUUAAUCUACACAGAACUGCUUAAGUCUCCUGAAUUCAGUCAUAUUUACUGAACAGAAAGUGCUGCUUGUGUCUAUUUAUUAAUUUUUAUUUUUUAUGACAAUAGGUGAAUAGUUUGCCUCCGGUGUUCUAUUUGAAAACUAUAACCUGUUCAUAAUGAAUCAUGGAAGCCCAUUUCCAACACAUUAGGGAAAAAUGCUUUGGUAAAUCUUAAUUUUGACAUAGUAAGUCGUAACUAUGAGAACUUAUCAUGUGUGUAUAAAAACACUUCAUAAUGUUUUUUGUCAUAGUUAUGACUUGGUUAAGGUCAGGACCAGUCAAAAUGAAGAUACAUUUCAUUGGGGGGUCUCAUUCAUGAAACUGAGAGUGAUAUAAAAAUGAGAGUGAUUUGCGCGUAAAGAGACCUUCCCGAAAACUCUUCUCCUGAUUCACAAAUACUCCGUAAACAUCAGAUGUGACAGUGAAAUGUGUGUGUUAGUGAAUUCCAACCAGUCGUAAAUGGGAUGCGCGUGCAUGUCAUUCUCCAUUAGCAUAAAUCCCACCCAUUAUAUCCGACUGACACCUAUAUAUAGGCAUAUAAUAACAUGAAUGCGAAUGAAAAAGAAAGAUUUCUCAGAUGCAGAAAUUGAAGUUUUAUUAUCAGAAGUUCAUUCAAAACGCCACAUUUUAUUUUCAAGCGUACAUAAUGGCCUAUCGAGCGUACAUAAUGGCCUGAGAAGAAAAUGGUUCAACAUUAAGCUUGACAGCAAAAAAAAAACGAAUUCGUUCACUUCGGAAAAAUCGUAAUCAAACUGGUGAAGGACCGCCAUC